CUCUGAGGAGCCUGUGUGGCCCAUCAUGGCUUCGAUGCAGCACCUCGCGUCGCUUUCGCUACCUUCGAGCUCAGCAGCGUCAAGCUCGGGUCCCGGCGCGUCUCGUCACCACAUGCUCCCCUCCUCCCUCUCGCCGGCCAUGGACCUCGCCCUCGUCUUCACAACCACGGCCCCUUCAGCCGCCGCGCCAGCAGCAGCCCCUACUCUCCCGAACCAAGCCGGCCUGUCAGCAGCACAGCGCCUCAUUCAGCAGCGAAUGGCCAUGAUGCGGGCAAGAGCCGCAGCAGCAGCAGGCCUGGCCACCUCUUCAGCAUCGGGCGAGGACGCGAGUGGACCUGUGAAAGGGCAGCCGGUACAGAUGACCCUCUGGCGUACAGGCAGUGGGACCGAGGUGGUAUGGCAGAAGACUGUGACCGUUCCUGAUGCUCUCUUCGGUCGAGAUGGCGCGACUUCAUCAUCGUCUCGCCCCCAUCAGACUUUGGAAGUCGCUGGCAUGCAAUGGAGUCCCGAAGGACGUCGUAUCGCCCUACACAUCAUUGCCUCACGCGCAGAAUCGUCUGGCAAAUCAAUCAUCUCGCACUCUCUCCUGGCGACAUACAACAUCCAAAAUGGCACGCUUCUCAAACUCAUACCGCUCUCGCAAGCUGCAAGCCCAGACCUCCUGCCCCGCAAGCCUGCCGUCCUAGCCUGGACAAAACUCCACAAUCGUCGCUCCCCGUACACGCGCAGCGCCCGGAGUCUGCGACACGGCAUCGUUGUGUCAGGCGUUGCCUCCUACCUUGAAGCACGGAGUAAAGGCAGCGCCGGUCCGGGAGGACAUGCACGCUUCCAGCAAUACGCGGCCGGCGGCAGUGGCAAGGGCAGCGGGCGCGAGCAAAGGGACAUUGAUUCGCUGCUCCCCUCGCUCAAGGGGCUGGACUCGGAGCAUGCUGCGGCGCAAAGUGGGGAGGAGGAUGAGGAGGGCGGAGAUUACCUGCGCGGAUGGUAUGCACAGCCCGAAGAUCAGGAGUUGAGCAUGCUCGCUGUUCCGGGGUACAAGGAUGGGAGGCAAGGGAUCCAUCUGCUCCUCUACGCACGGAUACCAAUCGCGUUCGUUCCCUUGGAGGCGCAGGCGAAGCUUCUGGCAGCGCACAUACUUCCCGGAGACGAUGAAGGCGACGAUCAAAGAGGAGGCUUGCUCAUGCAGAGCAGAGGCGGGGACUCUCCCUCCCUUUUCCAUCACGUCGUCCGCCUUCCUCACCUCAGCAACCCAACCGAUUCCCUACUACGUUUGAUGUCCGAGCUUCACGCCUCCUCCGCUCAGCUAUUAGACCACGCCUGCAUGCUGCGGCUAGUCUUUUCGUCCCUCACCACUCCAGCACCCGCCGACCUGCGCUCCCUCUCAGAAGCUCAGUUGGCCUCCCUGCCGCCUCUACGGCGCUUCACCUGGACUCUGGCCCGCCUAGCAGCCGCACAAGACGAGAACGUCAAAGCCUCCAUCGUGACCGCCCUGGCGACAGGAACGUACACGGCGAUGGUAGAAAGCAUGCUGCUCAACACCUUCAGCGAGAGCAAGUGGCGCUUGGAGCGCGAUGCCAUAGUAGAGGCAUACAAGGUCGUCGAGUUUGUAGCGGCUGAGCUGCUUGCUACUUGUAGCGAUACGAUCUCGCAGCUGUGCGAGCUCAAGGGCUGGGCAGGGCUUGGGGACUGCCCACUUCUGGCGCCAUGCGUGGAUGAGCAGGGAGCCUAUCUCGAACGUCAGAUCAGCGCCAUCAGCCUUGCGCACGCCUCGGCCUUGCAAAUCGCGCAGUACGCUCAGGGAGAGCGACUCGCCUGGGACGAGAUGGACAAGUGGGUGCGAUGGGAGCGCGACAGGCUCGAGGGGAUCAAGAGCGAUAACCAAGAUCCGCUUGACGCCAAGACGUUCGACCCUGUGGUGGUUACGGAGCUUGUGAUGCGCGAAUUUAGCUGCAAAGAGCUGACGUGGAUAUUGCUUGGCGUGAGGGAUGAGGGCGGGGCACUCGAUGCUGGGAAAGAGGAUGGAGAGGGAGAUGAGACUGAGGAGAGCUUUCAGGUCGCGAGGCGGCAUGAUGAAGGCGGGGCCGAGCACAACGAAUCGACUGCCGAGGACACCCCAGAUGCCGGCUUGUCUAUGGCAGAGAGUAAGGGCAGCAAGACCCGCCCCUCACUUCACGCCUCGCUCGAAACGUCCCUGGACUGGCUACGCACCGGGAAGGACUCCCAAGCAGCAGUUGCACCGCCAGUCGCCCCUCCUCGGCAAGCAGACCCCUUUGAGCACCUCUUCCAAUCCGGUCAUUUGCCUAACAGCGACGAUCGCCCGGCUGUCUACGCGCAGCAACCGCUCGAGAAGUCACUCCGCAGCAGCGUACUCGCGAUCAAGGCGGCGUUCAUGGGAGUAAGUGAGAGGAUAUCGGAGGAGUGCGAGAUUCUGUUCAAGCACAGGGAGACGGAGGCUGACCUUCACGAGGACAAAGAGGACGACGAUGCGAUUGUCAGUCUGCCAACUCCGCGAAGUCAGUCCGUUGAGGCAGACGGGUCAUCGCGCAACGUGCAUGCGCGCAGCAUCGUAGGCUCGGGCUCUGGUCGACUGAUCACGGCGAUCCUCGUCUUGCCUGAGGGGCAGACGAUCCUUUUGAAGUGGCACGACAUAAGUGAAGGUGCUAAUGGCCAAUCCACCGGGCUGAAAAUGCGACUACGCAGCUCUUUCAUCGAGCGCAUGGAGAUCAUGGACGAGGAGCGCCUCUUUUGCGUUUGCAAGGACGCACCCUCGACGCCGAACAGUGCCGCCGUUCGCUACCUGGAAUGCUUCUCCCUAUCGACCCUCUACUCCAUGGCUCAGAGCUUGGCAGGCAGCGAGCUAGAGCGGGACGCCCUCGAGGCUCACGGAGCCCUGCUGUAUCGUCAGACGUUGGGUGCCGCAGAAGAGUGGAAGGGAUCCAUCGCACUCAGCAGUGGAAGGAACACGGCUGGCUUGUUGCAGAUCAAGAAGGGGGAGCCUGCGGCAGCGAGCACAGCGACGCUGGUUCUAUGGGACGUGAGCGCUGCGGAAGGCGAAGAAGAUGAGACGAUGCAAUCUUGAUAUUGAGCGCGUCGGCCGCGUAGAGGUUCGUCGACUGACUGCAAUGCACUUGCGAUGCAAUGCGUUGCGUUGCGUUUACGUUGACGAAUGCGAU